AUGGCCACCGCCUUCAUCGGAAACAGAGCUGACAAGCCGAGCGAUCUUCGCCGCCCUCCUCCUCGGACCUCCCCUCCCUCAAGCCUGUCUCCGCCGCCCAACCGCCUCUCCCCAGGAAGCAGCAUUCGCGGCAGCCGGUCACCAGUGCGAAGCCGCAAAGCCCUUGGGCCAGAGGAUGUGGCCGCGGCUAUCGAGGCUGGCAUCCGCCGGGUUAUCACCGAAGACACUGCUACCGUGAUCAAGCUUCCCCUGCACGACGGCGGCGAGGGCUUCUGCAAGGCCCUUGUUGCCGCCCAAGGUGGCGAUAUCAUUGAGUCUACCGUCACAGGCCCAAUCGGAGAGCCUGUGGAGAGCCACUUUGGUCUCACAGGGGAGACCAAGGACGUCGCCGUUUUGGACAUGGCUGCUGCUGCUGGCCUCCGGCUUGUCCCUAAAACGCACCGGGACCCCACGCGAACCACGACAUAUGGUGUGGGAGAACUAAUGAAGGCUGCCCUUGAUAAGGGCGUGUCACGCAUCAUCAUUGGUUGCGGUGACUCGGGCACCUCGGAUGGUGGCGCAGGGAUGCUUCAGGCUCUGGGAGCCAAGCUCCUCGAUGAACAUGGGAAUGAGCUUCCUGCUGCUAGUGGUGGUGCGGCCUUGUCCAAAUUAGCUCGGAUCUCCCUCGAAAAGUUGCACCCUCGGCUUCUUCCAGGCGCACCUGACCGGGUCAAGAUCGAGGCCGUCUGCAAUAUCAAGAAUAUCCUCUGCGGCCCCAACGGCGUUGCACGGGUCUAUGGGCCUCAGAAGGGCGCAACCUCAGCCCAGGUAGAGAUUCUCUCAGACGCCCUGGACAACCUAGCAGCUGCCCUCGAGCCCAUCCUUGCCACCAAUAUUUCUUAUCUCCCCGGAAGUGGUGCAUCUGGCGGGCUUGGAGCGGGUCUGAUGCUGCUAGGAGCUGAGCUCCGCGCCCGAUCCGAGGCUAUCAAUGCGUACUUCCACAUCGACGACAUCCUCGAACAGCGCUGGGACUUUGUCUUCACCGCAGAAGGCAGCCUGGACUCGCAGUCCGCCAAGGGCAAAAUGACUGUUGAAGUUGCGCGGCGGGCCCGCGACUACGGUGCCCAAGUCAUCGCGCUCGCUGGGACCAUCGGCGAUGGGGCUGACACAGUGUAUGAGGAAGGAAUUGAGGCGUUCACGAGCAUCCUGAACGGACCGUUGUCGUUGGAGCAGGCGAUCGAGGAGACUGAGAAAUUGCUGAAGGAUUCAGCUGAAAGGACUGUGAGGAUGAUACAGACGGGAAUGUCUAUUAGGCAGUCGGACGGUGACUGGGACACCGUGGACGAAGGCCGAAGGCGUUCCAGCCCCAAGGGCCUGGGUAUUAUGAGGGCAUUCACGAGUUAA